CCGCGCCCCCGAAGCGGUCCCCGCGCCCACUGGCCACGCCCCCUGGGGCUCGGCGGGCUCCGGCUGCCUGCGGGGGCGCGGGCGCCCCGGGCCGGGGGGGUUAGUGCGCGUGCCGCGGGCUUCUGAGAGGGGCGGACGGCGCCGUUUGUAAGAUGACUACAGUAACUUCUUCAAGAGGAAAUACAGAAGUGGUCAGUGCCAGAAGAACAGAAUCACGUGAUAUUUCAGAUAUUGUCAGCCUCUUCAGCCAUUUUACAGAAGUAGUUUUUGGAAGGAUUGAUGUCACGUACCUCUUAGAAAAAGCAAAUCUUGCUUUGACACUCUGCACUGAGAAGAAUGAGGUUAUAGCCCACGCAGUCUUUCUGGACUAUCCAAAUUGGAAUAUCACUGAUCAGUCUGACUGGGAAUCAUUCUUACAUGAAAACUACGCUAACAAUAGAUGUACUCCUUUGAACACAUUGUUCAUGCAUCUUUUUGUGGCAAAAGAAGAAUAUGCAGCUGGAUGUUCCCAAGAAAUUUUUAGGAGAGCUUUUAUCACAGUACCAGAACUGCAGUUUAUACUUGUCUUCAUACCAGCUGAUGAGAAUUUAGAGCCAGACAUGGGAAAUGUCUUUGAAAAGAUGAUGACCACUCCAGGUUCAGUAGUGGAUGCAAACUUUACCUUGCUUGUGUGCCCCAGACAUCGGUAUCACCCACAGCUGUAUGUUCGCAAAGCAAGGGUGGAAGAUUAUGACGAUCUCAUGCCAAUCUGGACACAUCAGAGUGAGACUCUGAAAGAAACCUACAGUGAAUAUUUCCUUGCUGAUCUCAUAGAAUGUCAAGAUGAAGAAAAUCAGGCUGUUGUUUGUGAGGAUGGUGGCACUGCAGUAGGAUUCAUGAGCGUAUGUUCUCAAGUAAAUGUUUCCCUGUUUCAAGAGUGUUUUGAUUUGGGGCCUUUCCACGGACUGUGUAAACCACAUCCUGAAGAUAUCCUCAAAAUGCCACAGAAGCCAAGCAUUCAAGAAGAUAAAUAUAAAAGCAACCAAACUAGUGAAGAAACAAAGUCUGUUUCAUCUCAAAACUUUGACCAUGUUCAAGAUCAGGAUGCAGCUGUGCAGAAGGAUGGAGCUGUUACUGUUUCCCAUACUGAACUGUCAUUAGAUGAUGUCAAAGAUUUCAAAGCCCCAGCAACACUUCUUGAGACUGAAGAAGGUACUUUUCAUCCAGUGUACGGAGGAGCUUCAAAUGCUUUCUGUAUCCGUCUGUUUUGUAUUGAUGAAAAGCAUGAAACUAGAUCACUGGACUUUUUGCACUAUGUUUUCAAGCUUUUUCCAGAUAAAGACUUCUGUGUCGUCCUUGUGCCACAUCAUGUACCAGAGUUCCAGCUGAUCCAGAGUUUUGUUCGGGUUGUCCCUUUCUGUACUUCCAGACUUGGUCAUGAGCUUUAUGUGUUCCACCGUGCAGGAUUGCUCAAGUCAUUUAAUGUAAGAAGGGCAACAACCAAUGACCUACUUGGUGUCAAGAUGCUUGUUAAAACCCUUAGAUUGAAUGAAAGUAUAUUGAAUGACUUGAAGAUAUUUAUUCUGGCUCGCAGGGAUCCAGAUGGGAUUCCAGUACAGGCUUUCAUAGCAGAAGUUUUGGAUCAAAUAGUUGGCAUUUCUGUCAUUAGAGAUGAAAUGGAUAUUGAGUAUAUUCAAUCACACUACAACAUGGAAGAUUUUAUUAAUUUUAAUCACCACCAGCAAGAGGAACAUGGACAUCUUUGCCACUUUGUCUUAAAUCCUAUAUUUCAUCACUAUACAAAACACUUUCUAAAGGAGAUUCUUCGCUUGGCCCACAAAUCUUCUCUUUACUAUCCUAUUUAUCCACAGUAUGUGGAAGGCAAGUUUCAGAAUCCCUGUGCCCAUUCCCUGACAUCUGCCCUUCAUUACAUGGUUCCCGUGCGACCAAGACGACAGAUUGUCUAUCCUCUGGAAGAGCUUGGCAUAAACGCUCCAUCAGAGCAGGUCUCCAAGGAUCAGUUGAGUUAUUCUUUGAACCACAUAAAUCGAAAGCUGGUGCUGGAGUCUAAAGUGUCUAUCAACACUAGAAUUGUGGUGGUUGGUGCAUCUGAUGUUGGAAUCUCAUUUCUGGAAACACUCGUUUUUUGUCCGCAUCUGAAGUUCAACAAUCUGAUCUUGAUUUCAAUUCAUGGCCUUCCAGGAAAAGACCUACUAGGCUCCAAACACAGAAGAUUUUUAAUUACCAGCCACUGUUUUAAUGAUGAAGAUUAUGCACAGAUGUCACUUUGUUCCUGGGUUAACGUUGUGGUUGGUAAAAUGACUGGCAUAAAUCGUGCUGCCAAAUAUGUAGUUGUUUCCGAGGAGGAAAAAGUACCGUAUGACUACCUUGUUCUCUGUAUGGGACAGAAAUACCAGGUCCUGUCUCCCACUGGAGCAGAUAUCAGUAAACUCCCAACUAAUAGAGAAGUGAUAAGUAAGUGGCCACAAAUAUACACAGGGAAGGUCCCUUCCAAUCAUUUCACUCUCAAUAACGAUCAGGACUGCUUAAAGGCAAUGCACUGGCUGAAAGAAAAUGUUGUUGACACGGAAGGGAACAUCAUUGUCUAUGGGAAUACAGUUGACAUUUACACCACAGUAGAAACCCUCUUAUCUCUUGGAAUUAAUGGUUCUCGAAUACACCUCAUACAGCCUCCACUCUGCUCAAAUGUUACUUGCCUUAACAACAACGAAAUCGAAAGUGCUGUUCAGGAGGCACUGUCAAAGGCUGGCGUGUCUGUUUAUUAUGACAGUAUCCUGGCACAGUGGAACGAAGGCGAUGACCCAGACCUUAUCACAUGUGCUGCUUUCACUACUAAUACAAAACCAUUUAAAUUGCAAUGUUCAGCAUUUUUUAGCUUUGCCUACAGGACAGUGGAUUAUGAAACCUUUAAGGCAAUUAAUGAUGCUUGCCUUGUUUUUGAUGGAAGACUUGUGAUCGAUAGCAAAUUCUGUACUAAUGAUGUCAACAUCAGGGCUGCAGGUCCUUUAACAAAGUACUCCAGGAGAUACUAUGUAGAUGAAUGGACACACAGCAACUUCAAUUCAAAAGAGGUUGGCUUUGAGCUUGCUGUAUCUUUGCUGGAUCUCGUUGAUCCAACCCCUAAACCCUUUCGUAAGCAACCAGAAGGCACAGAUAGACUCAUCCCCAUGUACAGAGGGUGUAAAAUUAAAGGAGGUGUUCUUCCUGGAGGAUGUAAUUACUUGCAUAUUUCCAAACCAGAAAUCCCCAUCUGCUUGGACGUAGAACUCGCACUGUAUGAUCAUGGGACAGAGAUUAUAACUGGAGAAGCAAGAAAUGGGAAUUAUUUCAGGAUGCAUAUCAACAAAUAUAGUAUGGUAGAUAGCAUCACCUGCUUUUCAAAGGAAUCCUUCCCUGUCUCCAACUACAUUUGCUUGUAUGGACAGCAUGAGCGUCUUCUUAAUGAUCUUUAUUAUCGCUGGAAUGAAGGGAAGAUUACAGAUCUUUACAGCUACUUCAGGGAACCUUGGUCCAUGGCCAUCUAUCAUGAUCGGUUUAUUGAUCUCAAGAAGGAGCUGCGCCAAACCCUGAUGUCAGAGCAGGUGCCCGGGCUGCCCCCCGCCGCCGAGCCGCCCCCGGAGGACCGGGCGGAGCAGAGCCCCUGUCCGCCGCCGCUCCGGGAGCCCGUCCUGCGCUUCCUGCGCCGCCACCGCGCCCGCCUGCCCGCCUACGCCCCGGCCAGCGGCCCCGGAGCCCCGCCGACGGCAGCCGUGAAGGCAAGGGAGCGUAAGGGCCAGGCGGGUCCCCAUGUGCCUCCCGCACCUCGCCCCAGCCUGGGCUCACCGCGGGUUUGGGCCAGCGGCACUCGGCACACCUUCCCCCGGGCGGUGGGGACACCGAGGCACCGCAGCCGUGCCAGCCUGCCCGUGCUGCGGCAGGACGGCGGGGGCGAUGCCCACCCGCACCACUGCUGUGCCCCGGCUGCCGCCCUGCGUGCUGAUGUGACAGCCCCUUCCGUGUCACGGGCAGGUGUCGCAGCGACGGGCUGAGAGAAAACGGAGGGGAAUUCCAUACGGACGCAUGGCGCGCUGGCCCACAGGGCUGGCUUUUAGUUGCACACACGAAAUACAGAACUUAUAAUGUGUAAUAAAUUAUAAUCCUACAUACAGCAAAUAUAUAAAUUACAGUCCUUUUAUAUCAGUAUAUUUUAUAUACAUUAUAAGUAUACUUCAUAGUAUGUAGUACAGUGUAUGAUAUAUUACACAUAAGACAUCAUAUCGGUGUAUAAUAUGCGAUACCUCAUAUAAUCUUAUAAAUUAUAUAGUGUCUGUUAUAUGGUCCAUAUUAAAUGCAUUAUAUACAAUAUAUUACAUAUGCAUUAUAUAUCAUUGAUACAUUAUCAGUAUUCAUGUAGUGAAAUAAUACUUACAGAAUCUUUUAUUAGCUUUGUGGCCAUAAUUUGUAUACUAUGGAGUACAGAGUGCGGUAUCUAAUGCACUCUUGUGUAGUACAUGUAUACAGGCAGAUCUAGGUUUUUGUAUAGGUGCGCAUAUGUAUGUGUACCUAUGUAUAUAAUACAUACAUGUUUAGCAUGGGCUGUAAUCUAUAGUAUUAUACACUGUAUUGUACAUUGUGGAUUGAAGAUGCUAUGAUGUAUAUUAUAGAUGCAUUAUGCAAUAUAUAGUAUCAUGUGUUACAUAUUCAUUAUAUAAUCAAUUACAUAGAUUAUUCAUACGUUGCUGAGAUGAUUUAUUUAAUUUUCUUAUAUAAUUUUAAAAAUAAAAAUAUACUGUAUAUAUAUUAUGUCUACAACAUUACAGUGUAUAAUACUAUAAACUUUAUACUAGGUAUGCGUCCAUAUGUAUAUAUACCUAUACUAUGUAUAAAUAAUAUAUAGUAUUUGUGUCACCUGUAACCCGUACUUUUAUAAUCUUAAUAAAUGUUAUGAGUAUUUAAAACCAAUAUUAAUGUAUGAAUAAUAUACAAUAUAUUAUGUAGUGCAUAUAUAAUAUACUGUACAUUGUAUAAUGUAUAUCAGUUAUGUGCAUUAUAUAAUCAAUAGAGUAUAUUGUGUCUGUUAUGCUUAUUAUAGUAUUAUAAUAUACAUUAUGUCCAUGUAUAAUGCCUCUAAUCUAUACUAUACCUACUAUAUAUGGUGAGGCAUAAUGUAACACACGGGCCGUACGAGGCGGUGCCGGGUGCGGGCGGUGCGUUCCCAGCACCGUGUACCGGGUUGUGCGCGCCGGGGGGCGGGGGCGGCCCCGGGGGCUCGUGCUCGUUUCAUUCCGGUUUGUUGUGCGCUUUUGGCGUCAGGGCGCCUGCGGCCGUCCCGUCCCGUCCCGUCCCGUCCCGUCCCGCUGCGGCCACCGGCCGGCGGCGCGGGCACCCCCGGGCCGGGGGGGAGGGGCAGGGGCA